GUCAAAGCAGCGAGCAUUUCACGUGUAAGUUCGCGUACCGUCAAGGGGCUACCUACAGACUGAUAAUCCCCCCUUGGAUAAUUUUUUUUUUUUCGCCCAAUUUACGCAAUUUUUAACAACGAAAGGGAGUUCCCGUGUAGAAGACGUUUACACAGUUCUGUUUGCACUUCGAAUUACACACGACAACGCGGAUGUUGCUUUACCCACCAUUUCAGUCCUUCCCUUGUGGUCGUAGCUCCCUCCAUGGCGCCUCCCCCCGAGUUGCUACCCCCCAUUGGUCACUUGCUAAAGCUCGAAAAGGACGUGAAGAAAAAAAUCGCCGAAAAGGAGCACCAAAUGAGGGUCACGUUCUUCUUUUUAAACCUCCACAAAUUAGGGAACCCCCUUUUGCCCCAUAAAAAAAAUUAUCGAACCAGGUGGAGCUCACCCCUCCAAAUGCACCGAUGUUGGAGGCACCUUAAUGGGAGAAUAAAACCCCCCCGCUUGGAAAUACACACCCGUCUCAUUAAGAAAAAAUGCCACUUGAAAAAGGAACGUGUGCGCAAAAGGGGGAGGCGGAAGGAAGAAGGAGCGUUCCCAGCACAUCCCCCCGACGUAGCUUCAAACGGGAUUGACGAGCGACGGGAGGAGACGACGCACAGGGGGAGCAGCAACAGCGAACACUCCAUAAAACUCAUAAGGGAAAUCAAAUUAGAGAGCAGCAAUUCUGUUCUGUCGCUCGCACAAAGCAGCGAUGUGAGGUACCUCUUGGCUGGGUUAGAUAGUGGCGCUUUACACAUUUACGACUUUGCCUAUGCUGAAAAGGGCACAGGAAAAAAACUCCCCACAGAACAAAUGAGGAAGUGUCCCAUUAAGAGUAGCUCCUAUAAGGAACACAUUUUUUUGGCCCACCGUGGUGCCCUCACCAACGUUCAAUUUUCGAAAGUGCAAGGGGGUCUUUUUUUAACCGUAGGUAUGGACAAAAAAAUAAAAAUAUGGAAAAUACGAAAUGGAGAUAAGCACCAUUCAAAUAAGAGCCAAACUAAUAACUCAUUCAAUUUAAGCUUUAUCUGCGAAGGGGCCUUUGAUGAGCACAUCGCAAAAUGCAUGUUUCACCCGAGUGUACAAAAUAGCAUAAUUAUUGCUCUCUCUAAUGGGGUUAUAAAAAUUGCCAACAUAGUAGCGAAAAGGGGUGCGGAUAAUAACCUGACCCGGUCAGGCAAAACUACCCGAAUUUUCAAAAAAUGGACAGCACGUUUUACUGCCAAAUGGGAAGACAAAAGUUACGCAGAAUUUUGCAGUGCCACUGGAAUGUCUUCCCAUUUGUGCAGCAACAAUUGUCGAAUGUUAACUAAAAAUAACUUCCAAAGUGUUGACAUAGUUGGGAUGGCAACAAAACAGGAAGAGAAAUCUUAUGAGAAAAAUUUCUUAAAAAAUAUGAACAGGUUGAGAAAAAAAAAAAAAAAAAAAUUCCAACUGGUAGUAGCUAGCCAAAUGCUAGCCAAUUUUCCCAUUUGCACUUUGGCUGUUCAGAAAAAAAAAAAUUUUUUAUUUGUCGGAAUGUGCAACGGGGUUGUCAGCGUCUACACAGAUAAGUAUGAACUCCGAAGGGAGUUACUAUGUCGAAGUAAAAGAGAAGCGUGUGCAAAGAUUUCCCAAAUAUGUAGCAUCGACUUUGAAGAGAAUUUGCAACUAAUUAUCAUCACCUCUGCGCCUAGCCGAGUUUCUAUUUUUGAUGACAAGGAUUUCUUCUUGAUUUACAAAUGCGGGGGUCAUAUGAAUUGUGCCAAACUGCUGGAGGUAAAGGCGUUCUUAAAGUUUCGCGGCGUGGGGGGAGAAAAUGUCGCAAACAGUGGCAGCGUGUCACUCCCCACAACUAGGAGGCAAUUUCCCCCCAAUGAUGCCACACGUAGUGACGUACCUCCCAAUGUUAGCGGCAAUAAAGACCAGUUUGAAGCACAACACAGGUUAAUAACGCCCCCAGGGAUGCCAAACGUAGAAAUGGAUUUUAAAAUUAUAGCACCAGUGGGGGACGGACAAAUAACGAUUUCGAAUUUUACCUUAUGUCUGUUGGGAAAAUAUGGCAGUUUGCCUGACCCGCCUUCAGAAUUUUAUGAACACUCGAAAAAAAGGGUUAAGAAUUUUUUCUGGCCUAAAUUGAGAAAGCCAAGGGGUGUCCCAUCUGAGGAGGAAAAUGUACCACUAGGUGGAACAACGCCCAGGAAAGAAAAAAGCCAUACUAGCAUGCUCAGCUUCCUCAGUAACACUACAAGGAGGGCACGGCCAACCGGGAAGAGUUUUCUCCGUGUGGCGAAAAGGAACUUCCUCGAAGGGAGCCCCUCGGUUGAAUCACACAAAGGAGAGGCCUGUGCAACUUUGCGCAAUUUGCCUGACUGGCAUAGCUGCAUGAGUGACUCCUGGGGGGAAAAAACGGGGAGCACUUUUGCGAAAAAACGUACACAUCGCUGUGUCAAAAAGGAGAGGCCGCUCUGCAAAUCGGGGGGCCAUUCGGAAUACUUCCUCCCGAGUGGAGAGGACAAAAUAUCCGCGUCUUCCAUUUCGGACGAGUUCCUUUGUCAUGCGUAUGGGGAUGUUUAUAAGAGUAUGGUGAGAGGGGACCCCCACGGAAGGGCAUUACAUGACCCUGGUAAUGGCAAAAAAAAAUGCAACCUUUUGCAAAAAAUUAAAAAGGUCCUAUUUUCAAAGAAUAAUAGUAUAACGAAUCAAAAUGGGUUUUCUCCUGUCCACAAGAUGGAGGAGGCUUCUCCCCACCGGAAAUCACCAUCCUGCAGUGGUGAGACUUCCCGUUCGAGUAAUUCGCGGCAGCGCAUGGGGGAGAUUUUUAAAUGUGCUGUCAAUGGGUAUUUCCCCGCGAGGGUUACAAAUUGA